GGAAGGUUUCCCAGAGCCGGAGCCUCCCAGACACCCCGCGAUCCGUGCGACGGCUGUCUUUACAGCUUGCGGAGACAGCGUUUUCGAGGUGUCUGGGGUCUGUCUGCUGGGGGUUUGGAUAGGGUCGGACCUCCGGCCCACCCACAGGCCCUCUGAGUCGGUUGCGGCAGGAGGCGGUGUCCAGCAGGGACUUGUGUGAAGGAGACGAGAGUUCUCUGCUACCAAUGAUGUUAAAUGAACUUCAGUGAAAUGACUCUUCAGGAACUGGUACAUCAGGCUGCCUCCAUUUAUUCAGAUAAAAUAGCUGUGUGUUUUGAUGAAUGCAAUGACCAGUCUCCAAUUUAUUACACCUACAAGACUCUGCUGAAUACCGCCUCAGAAUUAUCAGAUUUUCUGCUAUUACACUGUGACUUUCAAGAAAUUCGGGAAAUUGGUCUCUACUGCCAUCCUGGGAUAAACUUACCCUCUUGGAUUUUAGGAAUACUCCAAGUCCCUGCUGCUUAUGCUCCUGUUGAUCCAGAUGCAUCACCAGCAUUAUCAACUCAUUUUAUGAAAAAAUGUGAUCUAAAGUAUAUUCUUGUUGAAAAACGGCAAAUUAAUAAAUUCAGAUCUUCCUAUGAAACAUUAUUGAACUACGAUACAUUUACAGUAGAACAUAAUGACCUAGUACUAUUCAGACUUUACUGGAAAAAUGUUGAGGUGAGCUUGAUGCUAAAUGAUAGAAAAGAGAAAUAUGAAAAAGUGACAGACGGCACGAGUUCUGAGAACAGCAAAGAAGAAAAGUCAGAAGAGCACAUGGAUGUGAGGCUGAAGCAUUGUUUGGCCUAUGUUCUUCAUACAUCAGGCACCACAGGGAUACCUAAGAUUGUCAGAGUCCCUCAUGCAUGUAUAGUGCCAAACAUCCAGCAUUUUCGGGUACUUUUUGAGAUCACACAAGAAGAUGUUGUAUUUCUGGCAUCACCUCUGACUUUUGAUCCCUCAGUUGUGGAAAUAUUUGUUGCUCUAUCAAGUGGUGCUUCUCUGCUUAUUGUACCAACCUCUGUCAAAGUGCUCCCAUCAAAAUUAGCUGCUGUUCUCUUUUCCCAUCACAGAGUGACUAUUUUGCAGGCAACACCAACAUUGCUUAGAAGAUUUGGGUCUCAGCUUAUCAAGUCAACUGUUUUAUCAGCCAGUACUUCUCUUCGAGUGUUAGCCCUUGGUGGUGAGACAUUUCCAUCACUGACUAUUCUCAAAAGCUGGAGAGAACUAGGCAACAGGACUCAAAUAUUUAAUGUUUAUGGUAUCACAGAGGUUUCCAGUUGGGCGACUUUUUACAGGAUUCCAGAGAAGGUUCUCAACUCUACUUUGAAAUGUGAAUUGCCUGUACAACUGGGAUUUCCACUGCAUGGAACAGUAGUUGAAGUGAGAGAUACUGAUGGUUUCACGAUUGAAGAAGGCAAUGGCCAAGUAUUUUUAGGCGGCAGAAACAGAGUAUGUUUUCUUGAUGGUGAAAUGACAGUACCACUUGGCACAAUGAGAGCCACAGGAGACUUUGUGACUGUGAAAAAUGGAGAGAUGUUUUUCUUAGGACGAAAGGACAGUCAGAUCAAACGUCAUGGCAAACGUCUUAACAUUGAUCUUGUGCAACAGGUUGCUGAAGGACUUCGGCAAGUGGAGUCUUGUGCAGUUACAUGGUAUAAUCAGGAAAAAUUAAUUCUGUUCUUGGUGUCCAAAAAGGAGUUAGUAAAGGAUUACAUCUUUAAAGAACUGGAGAAACAUCUUCCAAAUUAUGCAAUCCCGGAUGAGCUUGUGUUGAUUGAUUCUCUACCAUUCACAUCUCAUGGUAAAAUAAUUAGGCUAAAGAAUUGUCCAGUGACAUCUAAAUCUCAUCUUUUAAUUUGUUUCCCAACAGGCUGUUAUAACGGGUUAAUUUAUGUUCUGAAAAGUCAUAAUGGAGAAAAAUACUGGAUGUUUACUACUGAGAAUGCUGUCAAAAGCUCAGCAACCGUGGAUCCAACCACAGGACUCCUUUACAUUGGAUCUCAUGACCAGCAUGCAUAUGCUUUGGAUAUUUAUAAAAAGAAGUGUGUUUGGAAGUUAAAAUGUGGAGGAACUAUCUUUUCUUCACCUUGUUUGAGCUUGAUUCCACAUCACUUGUAUUUUGCUACUCUGGGAGGACUUUUACUGGCUGUACAUCCAGCCACUGGGAAUAGAGUUUGGAAACAUUCCUGUGGGAAACCACUCUUCUCCUCUCCACGGUGUUGCCUACAGUUCGUUUGUAUUGGCUGUGUAGAUGGGAAUUUACUUUGCUUCACUCAUUUUGGAGAACAGGUUUGGCAAUUCUCUACCAAUGAACCAAUCUUUUCAUCCCCAUGUACCUCCACAUCAGAGCAAGAAAUAUUUUUUGGUUCCCAUGAUUGCUUUAUCUACUGUUGUAGUAUGAAAGGUCAUCUCCAAUGGAAAUUUAAAACUACCUCAAGGGUAUAUUCAACACCGUUUGCUUUCCAUAACCAUAAUCGUAGCAAUGAAAUGUUACUGGCAGCAGCAUCUACUGAUGGGAAACUGUGGAUCCUGGAAUCUAAGAGUGGACAAUUGCAAACUGUGUAUGAACUUCCCGGAGAAGUUUUCUCUUCUCCCGUGGUCUGGGAAUCAAUGCUUAUUAUUGGAUGUAGAAAUAAUUAUGUUUAUUGUCUGGAUCUAUUGGGUGGCAAUAAAAAGUAAUCAAGUACAGUCUUUAUUGGAA